AUGAAAAGAAAGGUAGUGAAUGCUGGCAAGAUGAGAUUGAGUCCUAAUGAGGAAGCCUUCAUUUUAAAAGAAGAUUAUGAGAGAAGACGAAAACUAAGAUUGCUACAGGUUCGAGAACAAGAAAGGGAUAUCGCUUUACAGAGAAGAGAAGAUAUAAAACAAAGGAGAUAUCAGCAACUUAAUCAUUUGGCAGAGGCACUUAGGGCAGAAUGGGAAGAAUCACAGACUCAGAAAAUAAACAACUUGGAAAAACUAUAUUUGGCAAGUUUAAGAAAUAUGGGAGAGGGACACCAACAAGCCAAAGAAAAUGAACCUGAUUUGAAUGCUCUGGCACAAAGGGCAGCAGAAAGAAAAAGAAAAGCAGAACUGAGGCAUAAAGAGGCCCUGAAAAUACAGAAAAAUCAAAAAGAAAUGUCGAUUAAACGAAAAACCUGGCACAUAAAAGCUCGAAAGGAAGCACUGCUUGCGGAAAAAGAGAGGUCUGCCAAAAUUACAAGUCUGCCACCUCCUCCUCCAAGUCUUUUUGAGAACAUUGAAGUAAAGAGAACUUCUAACGUGAAAACCAAUAGUUCUACCUACCAUCAUCUUUAUGCUUUUGUGAAUAGAGAGACAGACACAGAACAGCCAGAUCCUCAUUUGGCUGCUGAAGAAGAAGCUAAAAGACUGGAAGAAGUACAAAAACAAGCAGAGAAAGAGAGAAUGGAGCAGACUGAAAAGGCACAUGUACGGGGUUUCCAAGCAAUGAAAAAGAUCCAUUUGGCUCAAAAUGAAGAGAAACUAAUGAAAGAACUCAAACAGCUACAGCAAGAGGAUCUGGCACGUAGGAGACAGACUGUAGCACAGAUGCCACCACAACUAGUUGCACUUCCGUACAAACGCAGUGAAAUGAAAGAAGACUGGCAGAGAGAGCUCGAAUUUGCCUUUGAAGACAUGUACAACGCAGACAGGAAGGUGAAAGGAAACCUGAUUUUGCACCUUGAACCGGAACCUUUGCCCACUGUGGCUGAUCAGAUCCAAGAUGAAGAACUGGACCUUUCAGUGGAACAUGAAAAUUUAGAUGAAACUGAAAAACCUCCAGUGACAGAACCUGAAACAAUAAGUUCUGGUGAAGCAGACGUUCCCUUGGCAAUGAAGACCCAGCCACUCCCUUCAAAAAUUAUUUUUAAAAAAUUAUUAAAUAAGAUCCGAAACCAGAAAACUCUAUGGACAAUUAAAUCCAUGUCUGAGGAUGAAAGUGAAAUGACUACAACUGUUGGUGAAACUGAGAGUAAAGCACCAACAUUUGAAUCAGAAACAACUACUAUUGAAGAGGGAACAUUAUCCUCUAGGCAGGAGCAAGUUGAAAGUGAUAUGCUAACAAUUGACUCUGGACCACUCACUAGUGAAGAUCAACCAAUUUCAUAUGAUGCAGACACUAAAAAGGAACAAGAAAUAAAUGAGAUCCAGCCAAUCACAGCUGUAGCUCAGAGUUCAGUUCUACUCCAUCCUCAAGAGGAAGCAAUCAGAAUUAGAAUGGCAGCAAGACAGAAACAGAUAAUGGAAAUAGAAGAGCAGAAGCAAAAGCAAUUGGAAUUACUUGAACAAAUUGAACAACAGAAGUUAAGAUUAGAAACUGAUUGCUUCAGGGCUCAGUUGGAAGAAGAAAAAAGAAAAAAAACUCAUGAGGCUGAGACUGAGGUUGGCACUUCUCAAGCAUCAUGCACCAUAAGUACUGAGGAAGAGAGUCAUAGGCAGAUGAUUCGCAACUAUCAACAUCAGCUUUUACAACAAAAGAGGCUUCAUAGACAAUCUGUUGAAACAGCCAGGAAACAAUUACUCCAAUAUCAGACUAUGUUAAAAGGAAAGUAUCCAUCCAUGCCAGAAGCAUCAUCAAUAUCUGAUUCGGUUGUAUCAGUCCCACUACGGAAAUAUGAAAGACCCACUAUUAUAUCAGAACUUUGGGAUCAAGGUCAGAGACCCAAAUUGAGCCCUAACAAAUAUGAACCUAUACAAACCAAACAGAUCCCCCAAUUAGAACAAGAUUAUUUUCAGGUUCCAAGGCAAAAUUACUUUCCACAAAGACAGGUAGGGAAAACAGAAACAGAUGCUUUAGCGAAGAAAUGUUUGGGAUCACAAGAACAGACAAAGCAAUUUUCACAGACUGAAACAAAGCAGAGAGACUAUAAAUCAGUUCCUAAAGAUUCGCAUAUACAUUCAAGGACUUUAUCACAUGAUAGGCCACUGAUACUGCAGCAUGCUAAUGAAGUAGCUGGGACUUUAGACUCCCAGCAAAUGUUCUCAGAGAACAAUGAAAAUACAUCAUCUAAGCCAAGGGAACCUUCUUCAUUCCUACCACUGUUGGCUGAGCAUUCUUUUGUAUCUCUGCCUACUGAAGUUGAAUUUGGAAAAAUUCAGGAACCCUUGUCAACAAUGAGCAAAGACACAGUUUCUAUAAGCCACCCUGUAAUCAGACAAAUGCAGGAUAAGUCUUUGCCAUCCUCUGGGAACAUCACAGCCCAGAAAGGUCAUUUGAAGCUUCUCCAAGAGCAAUUAGAUCUACAGAAGGAAAUUCUUCGGUCAAGACAGGAAGCCCAGGAACAAUUGCUUUUAGGCAAACAAAAAGACUUAGAAGGGCAAACCGGCACCUCUAUGUUCUGUCCAUUGGUACCUGUGGAUUCAUUUGCUUCACUGCCUUCUGUCAGAGCUGCAUCAGGGAGAAUCCAGGAACUUUCUCCAACCAAGAAUGACACUGCAGUUUCCUCAGGCCAUCCUGGGGUCCCACAACUUCAGGAUAGGCUUUUGGGUUUUUCACAGUCUAUCUUAUCACAGCAAAAAAAAUUAAAAUUUCUUCACGAACAGUUAAAUAUUCAGAGAGACAGGAUGCAGGCCAGGCGGGAAGCCCAGGAAGUAUUACAUGUGCACAAACAGGGUGAGCUGGGUGGAAGAGUAUGGUCUGAACAGACUGAGCCACCUUCUCUCCCCUCGCAGGUAGCUCAGCAUACAUUUCCUCCAUUCAAUUCUGCAGGUACUCAGUCUGGAAAAAUCUGGGAGCAGAGUUCAUCUAAAAAUGAGGAGGGACUUCUUUCAAACCAAUCUGAAAUCCCCAAAUCUCAGGACGGCUCUUUGAGUUUCCUGCAGCAGUUCCUACCUUUGCACAAUAGUUUGAAGCUACUCCAAGAACAACUGACUGCACAGAGGGAUGCUCUUCAGGCGAGGCAUGAAGCCCAGAUGAAAUUACUUUCACACAGACAAAGGGAUUUGAGAGACAGUAAGUCUGGACAGAUGAGUUCUUCAUUCCCACCAAUGGGUUCUCAGCGUUCAGCUGUGUUGCAAGCUUCUGUUAAAACAGAGCCCAGAAGAGUUGAGAAUCCUUAUUUGUCUGAGAAGGAAAGUACUAUUCCCAUAAGUCGCUCAGUAAUCCCAACAUUUCAGGAUGAGUCUUUCAGAUCUCCACAGCGUAGCCUGCCACAGCAAGAAAAUUUGACAGCGCUCCAAAGUGAAUUUGAAAAAGGAAUUUCUUCUGAACAGACUGACACCUCUUUAUCCCUAACCCAAGGAGCUGAAUCUGAAAGAUGCCGGGAAUUUUCGUCAAGUGACAGUGCAGGUCCCUUAAGCCAUUCUAAGAUCCCAAGGUCGCAGGAAAGAUUUCUGAGAUUUUCACAGGGUCAUUUGGAGGAACACCAAGAAUGGCUAGGCACAGAGGAGGCCCUUCACGUUAGCCAAAAAACCCAAGGAAAUUUAUCUUCUGAUCAAACUGGUUCCUCCUCAUUUGUACCACAGUUAGGACACAUUUCAUUUGCUUCAGUACCUUCUGAAUCUGGUAAAACCUGGGAACCUUUUUCAACAGAGAGGGAUGGUAAAAUUCCUUCAAGCCAUUUUCAGAUCCCAGAAUUGCAAGAUAGGCUUUUGAAGAUUUCACAACUUAUCCAGCCUCAACAAGAUAAUUUGAAGGCGCUUCAAGAACAGUUAGCUGCACAAAGGGAAGCCAUCAUUCAGUCUAGACAGGAAGCCCAGAAAGAACAUGAACAGAGGGAGUGGAGGGAAGGAAUACCUCCUGAGCAGGCUGACACCUCUUUCUUCUUACCCCUAAGGGAACAGUAUUCAUUUGCUUCAUUACCUCUAACUGAAUCUGUUAUAAUCCAAGAAUCUUGCCCAACUGAGAGUGCUAAUACAGCCUCCUCAAGUCAUUCUGAGAUACCAAGAUUGCCUGCUCGUCUUUUGGGUUUACCACAGUCUGUUUUACCUCAGCUUGUAUUGCCCAGACAAAAUAAAGUUGAGGAAAAGUUAUCUUCUGAGCAUUUUAUUCAGCCUCACCAUCGUGAUUUGAUGGUACUUCAGCAGCAAUUAGAUCUACAAAGGGAAGCCAUUCGAUUUAGGCAAGAAGCCCAGGAAGAAUUGCUUUCGCAAAGACUAAGUACAUUGGAUAAAAGGGUAUCAUCUGAGCAGGUUAGCUCCUCUUUAGCCUUAUCCCAAGUAGCACUGCCUGUUGACUCUGAAAGAAUCCAGAAGUCUUUUCCAACCAGAUCACAGGAUAGGCUUUUAAGUUUGUCACAACCUAGUCUGCCUCAGCAAGUUCAUUUGACAGCACACUUGGACUUGCAGAAGGAAAUGGUGCCCUCUGAUGAGAAGGCCCAAGAGGAACUGCUUCUAACCAGAAAAGGUAAGUUGAUUGAAAGUGAAUCUUCUGCGCAUACUAUUCCUUCUUUGUUCUUACCCAAGGAAAGAGAACAUUCAUUUAUUUCACUACCUUUUGCUGAAGUUAAAGACAUUUGUGAAUCAGAUUCAUCCAGAAAUGAACAUAUAGUUUCUUCAAGCAAUUCUGUGACCCCAGAAUUUCAAGGUAGACUUUUAAGUUUUUCACAGUCUAAUUUCACUCAGCAACAUAAUUUGGGACUUCAGAAGCAGUUGGAUGUACAAAGAGAAGUUAUGCAUUAUAGCCAAAAAGCCCAAAAAGAACUGCUAGUACAGAGACAAACCGCAUUGCAGCAGCAGAUACAGAAACACCAAGAGACCUUGAAGGAUUUCCUUAAAGACAGUCAGACAAGUAAGCCCACUCUUGAAAAUGACUUACAACACCAGAUGCUCAGAGAGUGCCUUCCUCAUUUCCAAGGCCAAGCAAGAGGUGAUCACAAAAAUAUUAGUUCUAUCGACAGGAGCAACUCUGAUGAUAAUCAGCUGCUUUCAGAAGGUGAGCAUCUGAACAAAGAACUGGGGAGGAGAGCCUCAAAACCACCUGUAGCAAAAGUUAAAUGUGGAUUGGACUUGAACCAACAUGAACUUAGUAUGAUACAAGAGGUAGAAUCACCAGCAAGCGGCAGACCUUCUAUACUAGAUUCUUAUCAAGACAGAGAUCCCCUAAGGGUCUCUGUAAGUCGAGAACAAAGUUUUCUUAGGACUCCAUUGGACUGUGAUCCAUUUGCUCAUCCUCACCCGAUUGCCCAGGAGAACAUCUAUGGUGACAACGCUAAUGAAACAGUCAAGGUUAAAGAGACUGUGGUUGAGAAUCAGGCAGUAUUAACUUAUGCUGUGGACAAAGAAGAACAUACAAAUCUGAGCGCAGCUAAAAGGCCAGUUAAUAAGGCUGAAACACAGGAGAUUUAUCAUGAGCCAUCAUCUUCAAUAACUAUUUCUACUGGAAGCUUAAGUAAUGAAAACACAGAUUUGAGCUUUACAGAUCCAGUUGAUCUUGACUUCCCUGAAUUGGAAUACAUUUUUCCAAGCUUGCAUCGUCAGCUGUUUAAACCCUUGGAACCACAGCCAGAUUUUGAUUUGUCAUCCUUAUCCUUCGGGAUUUCUCAAGAGAGCAGGGACCAGAGCUCAGAGGAGUCAGGUGAAAGCCACCAUGCAACUCUCUCCCCCAAAAGAACAGCACUGAGGACCACCAGCCUGCCUUCUCCUCUUAACACAAGCCUGAGCCAGCGACCUGACCCUAACCUGACUCGUGAUGCAGCUCUGAGUUUUGGCACAGAAAAUAUUAUUGAGGGAUCUGAACAAUCUUUUCAACAGCUUCUGCCAGAAUUUUCUUCACAGGAGGGGAGCCAGCAUGCUGAUCUACCAAGUAUUUUUAGUAUUGAAGCAAGAGAUUCUUCCCAAGGCAUGGAAAAUCAGUACGCCUCUGAAUCAACUGACGUAUUACAAGAUAAGGGGAAAAAUGUUCAUUUCCAGCUCUCUGCAGGAAAUUUGAAAAGUCCAGUGUUCAGUUCAUCUGCUGAGGCUAAUGUAUUUCAUCAAUUAAAUAUACCGCAUAGUACUCCAUGUGGUUCUACCACCAGUGAGUGCUCAAUGAAAGACCAAUUAGAAGGCCAAAGAGAAGGCCUGGGCUUUGAAGAACUUUCAGAAAGGGGGGUUGGUAAAGUGUUACACAGUCAAGGGUUCGCUGAAGAGAAUAAAAAUGAAACCUGUGGAGUUUUAAGUGUAAAUCUUCAUGUACAGGAAAUUGACUCACAAUUAUGUGUCAGAACAGUGGAGAUGGGAACUUCAGUUCAGAUACCACAUACUACUCAGAAUGAAAAAUACUUUGAAAACUCGACUAAAGCAGAAAAUCCAAAAAUCAUGUCAAACCUAUCUCAGCCAUCACAGUCAGAGCUGUUUUCCACUUCUGGAUCGUUUUCACUACAGAACUCUGUUCCAGUCUGGGAGACAGAGUCUGGCCAUGGGAUAAUGGAAGAACCAGAACUUACGUUAGUAAGCAGCAGUGACAUCAGUAUUACUGAAAUGGAUUUUGCAAACUUAUCCAUAGAAGAAAAGAAUGAGGCAAAAAGUUUUCAGGAGAGUGAAUUUUUGCCUCUUGUACCAGACCAGAAAACAGCUGCAGUAUGUGCAGAAACCCUCUCAAAGUUUACAGCUGCACCAGGAAGCUUACAAGAAGCAUUUGCAAAAAGAAAAAAAUCAUUUAUAGAGAGAUCCUGCCAGAGACAGAAAGAAAUAAGGAAUAAAAUACAUGUCUCUAGAAAUACUGAAAGCCAAGUAGUUAAGGCAACACUUAAUAUAGGUUCACCUGUGAGUAGCCUAAAAAGUAAAGUUAAAGUGUCACUUUCCAAAGACAGAAAGAUUGCACAAAACCUCAAGAACCAAAGGACUCCAAGGUUGCACAACCAGUUAGCUGAAGUAAAAGGGCAAAAGGAAGAGAAAGCAAAACAAGAAGCUUAUGCCCAAAACAGAGCUAGAGCAAAAGAAUUUCAUAAGAAAACACUAGAGAAACUUCGAGCCAAAAGUGCAUGCUGA